AUGACUCAGCCUGGGGACCACAAUGAGCAUUACAUCGUCAGUCGCCAGCUUCAACGUCGGGAGUCCGACAAUGACGGUCGCGCAGGCCGAUCUGGCUUACGGCAUCACAUAUCGCCCAUCCGCCCAGAAGAGAUUGUGACCGUGCAUUCAAUGCCGAGAGACAUCAAGCCUCAAAUCUCGCAUUGGGCAUCGGCAGCACCAUCGACAAGGCGAGCCGCAACUGCUCCUCCACCUGAGCAGAGGCAUAUUGGGGACCACCGCAGACAGCAGCACGUACAGUACAUAACAGCUGGCACCGAAGACAAGCCUCCCACAGCUCGCCAGCCUCGCAUAGCGGAUGCUCGUGAGGAUGACAUCGUUGUUCUUGUCAUGGGAAUGACGGGCAGCGGGAAGAGCUCUUUCAUCAACCUUGUGUCUGAUCGCGAUGUCAGGGUUGGCCACUCGCUGACUUCUUGCACCACUGACCCCGAGGUCUACCCCAUGCAUCUACAAAGUCAGCGGCACGCUUAUCUGAUAGACACUCCUGGUUUCGACGACACGUCUCGUGGCGACGCGGAUGUCCUCAGAGGUAUCGCUGCGUUCCUGCACAGCAUGCAUCAGCGUGGCGUUAGGCUCGCAGGUCUGUUGUAUCUUCAUCGUAUCACAGAUCUACGGAUGACAGGCUCUGCACGGAAGAAUUUAGAGCUACUGCGAAGUAUCGUAGGCCCAUCAGCUUAUAGACAUGUCACUUUUGUGACCACAAUGUGGCAAUUGCUCACAAGUCCGGCUGAGCAAGAGCUCGCCGAACAACGAUGCAGUCAAUUAGAGUCUGAACCGCGCUUCUGGAAGGAUUUCAUUGGAAAGGGCAGCAAGCAUGUCAAGCACGACGGGUCAAAGGAGUCCGCCCGCAAGAUCAUUGAGUGGGAUUCACUAUCCUCGCGCGGUUUCUACACCCGACUGCAACAAGAAAUGGCGCGUGGGAUGCAACUCGAUGAAACCUUGGCUGGAUCGUUCCUCAAGAGCGACUUCGAGCAUUUGCAUACAAAAUGGGAGAAAGAGCUGAGCCAGAUCGAGCAGGAGAUUGAAUCCGCACGAGCCGAAGAUGACAAGAGCGUUGAGCUCGUGCUCCUCGAUGAGCGCGAUACUCUGCGGUCCCGCUUACAUGAUAUAGUCAGCAGCAUGAGGUCGUUGCGCACCAGUGCGUCAGCAUUGACCAGGGCCAAGAAUCCCGAGUUCAUGGAGACUAUUGCGCGGCAAGAGCGCCAGGAAGCUGCAAACGAUCCGACUUUGGCAGACCUAUUGGCCCAAGAUCGGCAGUCAAAGAAAGUGCUGGACGAUUUGAUGCUCGAAAAGAGCAGAUUGACGGACACAUUGCAGCAAUGCGAGGAGUUGGAAGCGCUCGAGAGACUGAGGAAUCGCCUUCGGCGCGAGGAUCAACAGCAUCAACAGAGACUUUUGGAUAAAGGAUCCCCUUUGGGCCUGAUCCAUCGGCUCUUCUCACGAUACUAUAACUCCGACUAG